AAUUGUCCCCUCCAAAGUUGAUAUCAGAUUUUCACCCCUGGUCUGAACACUUCCGAAUGCACUGUAAAUUACUAAAAUGUAAACGUAAUAACUGAUCGCUGAAAUAAUAUUUUGUCAAUUUAUAGAUUUGUUUAGUAAUAGCCUUUUAUGGAGCUUAGCAUACCGGAACAUAUGUACUAAUAAAGCAGUUAAAACUACUUUACGCAGUAAUAUUUUGUAGCCAGUCAAGCCCUCUAGAAUAACAUUUUUAAAGUGACGUAUGAGAGUCAGAGGCACCGUGCCGAACUAAGGACGCCGCGGGAGGACAAUCUUUUCUCCCUGUUUUGCUUUUCCUCGUAAAAAAAAAAAAGGAGAGGGGCUGUAGCUAUGGAGGGGGUAACUGUAGGGCAGGUAUUUGACGCCGAAUGCAUCCUCAACAAACGCCCAAGAAAGGGGAAGUUUGAGUAUUUGGUGAAGUGGAGAGGGUGGUCGUCCAAGCAUAACAGUUGGGAGCCGGAAGAGAAUAUUCUGGACCCCAGAUUAAUGGCUGCCUUCCACAAGAGAGAGCAAGAGAGGGAGCUGCUGUUCGGUAAGAGAGGGAAAAGGCCAAGGGGGCGCCCACGGAAAAUUCUGGAACCAGAGCCAACUGAAACCAAAUCCGACCGGUCCUCCUCAUCCUCUUCAUCCGGCCUGUCCUCCUCUCCCUCCGCCUCUUCCUCAGAAGAGGAAGAUGAAGACCACGGGAAGAAGGCCAAACCAGGUCCUCGGCGCCGCAACCUCAACCUCCACCCUGUCCUCCAGACGAGGCCCCAUAUCGUGGUGGCCAAUCAGGAGCCCAUCCGGAAAAAGCGUGGGAGGAAACCGCUGCUCCCCGAGCUGAGGGCUUUGAGACAGGCAAAUACCCGGCCGCCCCUGCCUCCCCCUCCUCUUUCUCGCCACCACCAGGUCCUCAGGCCCCCCCGUGAGCUCCCCAAAGAGGAACCUCGAGGGGGGGUGAAGAAGCCUCUACAGCCGGCCAGUUUCACCUACACCAGCCUGAGCGCCAGCCGGGGCUCCAGAGAUGAGACGGCACCCCAGCGGGCUGCUGGAGGGGCCUUCUUCCAGGCAGGGGCCUCCAAACCUGGACUGCUGAACUCCAUAUGGCCGGGUCGCUCCAUGUCGACCAUCACCCCCUCCUCUCCAUCCUCCUCUUCUUCUCUCAGCAGACCUCCCCCACCUCACAGUAAGGGAUUGUCAGAUCUAAAGCGCUCCCUCUCCGACGCCAGCAACAGCAGUGGCCGAGCAGAAGGGCUUAAGGUGGCGUCCUCUGUAAAACCAGGGGUGUCUACAUCAACAUCACUUGGUCUCCACAGCUCCAAGUCCUCCAGUGGGUUCAGUGGCUCUCCGGCGGCAUGUAGCCCAGCUCAACGCUCCCCAGCUGGGCAGAGGAGGCAGCAUGAGGGCCCUGGAAGUCAGGCGGUGGUGGUGGUUCAGCAGCAGGGAGCCAAGCCCUCCUCCUCUCCACCUCCCUCGGCUAGAGACCGCAUCAGUCAGGCCCUCAGCCUCCGAGCUCUCAACCUGCAGAGCGUCAAGAAACGAGUGCCCGGCAAUGGUCUCCAGGGAUAUGGAACCUCCGGCACCACUGGAGUUGCAGUUUCAAGGUCGAGCCUAAGAAGCGGUGCCAGCCAGGCAGGAAAAGGAGCAGGAGGAAGCAUUAAAGAGAUGCACACAUUGUCUGGGCUAGACCAGAGCCUGGCGUCCGGAGGGUUAGGGGCAGGGGUGCUGCGCUCUGGAAGCAUUCCACAAGCCAGAGAGGAGAGGGGGGAGAGAGGGAAGACCACAGGGGCAGAGACUGAGAGAGAGAUGGACAGCAAGGGGCCAAGGGGUGUAGGGAGCGGUAAUGGAAGAUUGGAGAGAGGGGGGAGUGUACAGGGAGGUGUGUCGUUGGCUGGGGGAGGUGGAUCAAGCGCAGCGAGAGAGGAGGACAGGAGGUCAGAACAGAGUCUUAACGAGCGGAAAUCCCGGAGCGUCGAGAACUCUCGGACCCUGAACGAGCUCAGCACGGGUGACUCGGAUGACACCAACAGCAGCGAAUCAGAAGAGCCCGACUCCUCCCCUUAUCCCAACAACAACGGGCCCCGUCUGGUCUCUAUGGAGACGGAAAUGGAGACGGACUGGCGGCCGGCACUUAGCCUUCUAGAACACGUGUUUGUCACGGACGUCACCGCCAACUUCGUCACAGUAACAGUGAAGGAGUCCCCAACCAGUGUGGGGUUCUUCAACGUCCGCAAUCCCUAAAGCCUGUCCAUGUACACUACUGUUCAAAAGUUUGGGGUCACUUAGAAAUGUCCUUGUUUUUGAAAGAAAAGCUACUUUUUUUGUCCAUUAAAAUAACAUCAAAUUGAUCAGAAAUACUGUGU